AUGGCGGCGCCGCACUACGCGCGGCCACAACAGUAUGGGUCGUCAGGUGGCGAUGAGGACCGAUACUAUGAGGGCGAGCAUGAACGCCCCGAUACCAUAGGCGCGUACUACGCGCCCCAGGACGGCGGUGACGACGCGACCGGCGGCGUGCGUCUGCGUGACCGACACCAGUCGUUCCGCUCCGCCGCCAUCGCGCGCCUGCCAUCCCAACGCGGCCCGCCCGUCGGCUCGGCACCGCCGCGCAGCCCAUCAGGACUGUCUGCGGCGGCCAGCGGGCUCGCCCUCGAUGACGCCGCGAUGGCGGCCGCCGCAGCGCGCAAGUUCCGGCGCCGCUGGGACGAGCCCUCCGGCGGGGGCGGCGGCAGCGGCGGUGGCGGUGGCGGCCCGCCUUUUCGGGAGGAGGACGUGCGGGGUGCGGGCGCCGGCAGCGACGCCGGCGCGCCACAGCGAGGCCCGGGGAACACAGGGCACCUCGUGCGCAUGCGUCGGUCUGAGGCGUGGGGCAAGUUUCUAGCCUACGAGGGCUCCUGCCAGGUGUGCAUGGUGGAGGGCGCCAAGGGCAACCAGGACGCCGCCUACUUCCUGUCCAGCGGGUGCGCCCCCCUGCGCUCCGGGCUGGGCAUCACGUCGCUGCUGCUGCCUGCUGUGCUGCCGGCGCACCUGGCGGCUAGCGAGGGCGGCAGCAUUGACCUCGGCAACGAGAUCGUGUGGGAUGACUGCGACGCGGACAAGCGGCUCAGCGCAGGCGCCUUUGUCAACCGCAUGAGCGUCAUCAAGCUGCGUGUUGCCAAGCUUUCGCUGCCGGGCCGUGGCGCCGGGUGGUGGAACAAGAUCACCUGCAAGAAGGGCGCCCCUUACAGCCAGAUCACCGUGCACAUGCGCCUCACGCCCAUCGACCCCCUCGCGCCCGUGGACGUGCGCUUCAGGCUGGGCUCUGGUGGCGCCGUGCUCCCUGGCAGCCCCAACUAUGAGCUGCAGCCGGACUGUGGCAACAGAGACAUCGUGCUGGAGGUGUCGGACGGAUACGGCGUGCUGGCACGGGGAGCCGUGUCGUGCAAGCGCCUGUGGCAGAUCGGGAUGGAGCACGCCCCCCUGGCCGACGGCGAUGAUAGCGCCGGCGCUGGCUUUGAGGACGACGAGGCGCCCAUGCCCGGGGCCGAUGGCGGCGUGAGCGCCAGCACGGCGGGGGUUGGCGGCGGCAUCUGCAGCUGGUUCAAGGAGGACGGCGGCCAGGUGCCCCUGCGCGCCGGCGCUACCGGCAUCUGGGUGACAGUGUUUGGCGAGGGCGGGUCGGCGGGGCAGGUGCUGCUGUCGAUAUCGCGGCUGCAGCGCGAGAUGCCGCCGGCGGACGGCGGCGGUGACGUCAGCGGCGCGGGGCGCGGGACGCUCAAGGUCAGCUCCUGCCAGGCGUAUGACUACCUGCUGAUGGCGGCGCUCAGGGCGCAGCUCUGCGACGAGCGCCGCCUGGAGGUGUCUGGCGAGUGGUCGUGGCUGCUAACGGCGUUUGCGGGGCACUAUGGCGUGCGCAGCAACUACGCGACCAUGAGCCACCUGCGCUGGGUGCUUAAGCCGGGCGUGGCCAGCGUGAGCAGGCCGUGCUUCGACCUGCUGGCGCGGCAGCUGCGGCCGCUGCUGGAGCAGGAGGCGAUGGGCGGCAGCCUCACGCAGCAGGAGUCCACGAUGCUGACGCGCAUCAAGCGCGACGCGGAGGAGCUGCUCAAGCUCUGCUUUGAGAACUACCACCUCCUCUCCAGCUCGGCGCGCAAGGGCAUAUUGGAGGCGACGGCGGGGCUGACCAACCACCCGGGCGGCGCGGGCGGGGAGUUCCCGCCGGAGGCGCUGGUGGCGGGCAUGGGGCUGCUGGAGGUGAUGCGCGACGUGUUCCUGCCCAGCGAUGCAGAGUGGCUCACAGACAGGUUCCGCCUGGCCGCCAAGUCGCGCUGGGCGCGGCUGGCCAUGUCGUGCGACGACGGCGCGCAGCAAGAAGCGUCGCCCGCCAACCCGCUGCUGGCAGCCCCCCUGCGGCAGGCGCUCAGCGGCAAGGCCGCACCAGGCGGCUCGCCCGCGGGCAAGGCGGCGGCGCUCUACGGCCGCAUGAGCCAGGUGGCGGCCGCCAUCGUGCAGGACAUCGAGUACGACCGGCGCCUGCAGGACGUGCCGCGCCUGCUGCCCAGCGCCCUCACCCUGCCGGCCAUCACCGCGGCGGAGUACUGCGCCAACUACGUGGCGCAGCUGCGCGCCGUGCUGGGGGCGGCGCCCCCGCACCAGCCGACUGAGGUUGCGAUUGACAUGCUGGUGGCGGUGGCGGGCCUGCAGAGGUGCGCGUGUGAAGAGGGCAGAUGA